AUGAAUAAUAAUUUAAAAAGUACCUAUAACAAAAUUUCAGAUGUUUUUUCAAAUUCCUAAAUUAAGACAGCUGUUGAAUCUCUUAAAACUUAUAAGGAUAGAUUAAAAUUAAUUGAUUCUAUUAUUGAUAGAAGAUAAGAAAUCAUAAAAGCUAACGAUUUCUCCAAAAUUCAAAAGUGUGCUCAUACCUUUAGUAAAAUAGUAAAGAAGUAUAAAAAUCCUGAUGAAGAUGAUAAUACAAUAAACUAAAGAUUCUAAAUGUAGAUGGUUAUAAACUAAUUUCUUCAAAAAAAUAUAUAGAAUUCUCUAAGUCCUCUAUCAAGUCCUUAAUCAAUUUAGAAUUUUGUUACGUAAACUCUAUCGCAUAAAAAGGAUUUUACAACAAAAUAGGUUUCUUAAAGAAGAAGUCGUUAUUUUAGCUCUUAGGAAUUAUUUAAUCAUUAAAACAAAUAGCUGGACAUAAUGAGUGAUGAAGAUAGAGAUAUUCAAUCCUUAAAAAGUAAAAUUUAACAGAGUCUAAUACUUAAAACUAGAAUUAAACAUGAUUAAAAUCAUAAAGUAAAAAAUUUUCUUUUAUCUUUAAGGAUGACUAGAAUAAUCUAAAACUUUAUUUGAAACAAUAAGGCUACUUUAGAAAAAAUAAAAUAAAAUAAUGUUCAGAACCUAUAUUAUCUAGUUUAGGUGAAAGUUAAUAAUAUUGUUUAUCUAAAUAAAACCAAAUAAAUAUAAAAGGGAUUCAAGAAGCUAAUAAUAAUAAUCUAAAUUCAAUUUAAUUGAACAGAAAUUUUCAAUAGUUUGAUGAAAAAGAAAUUUAAAUUAAAGAAAAUAAAAAAUAUCAAAAAAAGAGAGAAAUUUUUGAUAAAUCUAACAUAAUACUAUGUUCAUUCAAAUUAUGA